UCCGUAUCCCGAAACACACACAUACCAGAGCUACUUUGAGUCGCUGGAUUUCCCAACAUCUUCAUUUGAACAUAACUAAUUAACGUAACCAUGCAUUGCAAGUGAUCGUCUUGCAGUCAGUUCUAUGAUGAGCAGAUUUAUGGCAGCUCUGUUCCUGCAGCUCUGGGCAACACUGAUGUUGCUGUCUCGACUGCAUGGUAAGGUCAUCGCACCAUCACAUCUUCAGGCAGUAGCUGGACGUCCCUUCAUGAUGGGAUGUAAUAUUACCAUGAAGACAGGAGAGGUUCUAAAACAGGUGCUGUGGUUAGAUAUGACAAAUACAACUUUAUUGCACUACCAGCCCAGAAAGCCUGAACGUGCCACCAAAGUGGAAGGAGUUGAGCUUACCGCAGAAGUUUCUGCUCAGGAUGCUCACGCCAGCAUCAUCACCAUCAGCAAAGCUGGGCCAGCCAAUGAGGGUUGUUAUCAGUGUCUUUUUGAUGUGUACCCGUCCGGUCAGCAGAAAGGAAGGACGUGUGUCUCACUAAUGGCAAAGGUGGAGAUGAUGGGCAACAAAACUGCUGUGAGUGGAAAGCUUGUUACUUUUUCAUGCAAGUACAUCCUCAAUAAGCGAGUCCAGCAGGUUUUAUGGACAAAAACAGCUGAGCAGGGGGACACCACUACUGUUGCUUCUUAUUACAAGAAUGGCAAGCCUAUCAUUGAAGCACCCUUCCACGACCGGUUAUCUCUAAAUCCAUCCCUCGGCCAUACACAACUCUCCAUAUACCAGGCUCAGACAGAGGAUGAAGGAUGUUACACCUGCGAGUUCCACACAUAUCCAGAUGGCUCUAGGAGCGCAACUGCUUGUCUGUCUGUAUAUGUCUUACCCAAACCUGAAGCCAGUUACAUCAUUUUAUCACAAGACACUGUUGAGGCAAACUGCACAGCUGUGUCCCGUCCUGCUGCAGAGAUCUCUUGGAAUGUGGAGGGUCAUAACCAAACACUGGGCCCUUCUGUGACAUCAUUCUACCAGCUGGGAGACGGUACCACAAUGGUGGUCAGUUCCAUUCAGCUGCGGGCUGAACUACUUGACGAUGAACUUAAGUGCGAAGUUCAUCAUCAGGGCCUUGGGUCGCCUAUAUUUGUCUAUCUAAACAAACCUAGAAACGGAUAUGUCAUUCUGAUUUCUGCAAGCUGUGUGGCUCUUGUGCUGCUUAUUUGUCUGUGUAUAUGCCUGAAGAGGUGCUGACUUCACCUACUGAUAUGAUGAAAGAAAAUGCUGCUAUGCUCAGAUGUUCACCCUGACCAAACAAGUACACCAUCUUCUAAUAAAACUGAAAUUCAGUGCAACAUAAACACUUUAAUCACUCUUAGUACUAAAUAAGAUGCAUUAUCUAUAAUGGAGUGUAUAUUUUUGAGAUUCCUUUCUUGUCUUAAUAUAUGCCACACACAUUGGAUUGAAAUACAGUAUAUUCCAAAAAAAGGCAGAAAUCCAAGCAAACCUGUAUUAUCUGAUAGUUUCAUCUCUGUCAUUGUGUUACAGCAGAAAAGUCAAUAAGCAGACAAAAACAUUAUUGUUAGCUUUACUGAGGUUUGAGUUUAUCAGAGGAAACACUCUUCAAGAAAGAAUAACUGGAAUAAAGUAAUAUUGUAUGUCUUACUUUCCCACUACAGGGAAGUACACUGUUUCUUGAUAAGUUUAACACACCUUUCAUUAUAAAAUGUCAAUUUUCACCUCCUUUUCCUUUUACAGCUGUAUUACAUUUGUAUUGUAAAAGGUUAAUCUGAAAUAAUAAAGUGCGACAGUAUUGUCAGUCA